UGCCCUCUCCUGGCUGCUGAGGCAGACAAGCUCUUUGGCAUUGAUUAUCUCUCUGCUAACUUAAUUCCAGCCUGGGCAGGCAGUUGUCGCAAUUCCAGUUAAAAAGUACUUCUGGUGGCAGUGAGUAGUCAUGAGUUUGUCUCACCUAAGCAGAGCUGAGAGCCACUUUCAAGUAACGGAGGUGCAUGAACUGGAGACAGUGGGGAAGAAAGCUUGGGACAAUCCUGUUUACAAUGGCUCUCCUUCUACCUCCUUGAAAAUUCAAACCAUCUACAACCCCAAGUCUGUCCUGGAGAAUCCCUAUGAGAAUUUUGAAGAGAUUGGGGAUCCACUGCCCUACCAGGAAGAACAGAGCAAAGCUGUGAAUGGGAAGACAAGUCCUUUCCUCAAGUGCUGCUUCUAUAUCUUCAGAGGCAUCCGAGGUCUGUGGGGCACUACACUGACUGAGAACACAGCUGAAAACAGGGAGCUUUACGUGAAGACCACCCUGCGAGAGCUGCUGGUCUAUGUUAUGUUCCUGGUGGAUAUCUGUCUAUUGACAUAUGGAAUGACAAGUUCCAAUGCUUAUUACUACACCAAAGUGAUGUCUGAGCUGUUCCUGCAGACCUCUACAGAUGGCCGUGUCUCCUUCCAGUCCAUCGGCAGCAUGGCUGACUUCUGGGUGUAUGCACAAGGUCCCCUGCUGGAUAAUCUUUACUGGACAAAGUGGUACAACAACGAGUCCCUGGCAGCGCACAGCACCCAGUCAUACAUCUAUUACGAGAACCUGCUGCUGGGUGUCCCACGCAUGAGACAGCUGAAGGUGAAGAACAACUCUUGUGUGGUCCAUGAUGACUUCAAGGAGGAAAUCUUGGGCUGCUAUGAUGUAUACUCUGAAGACAAGGAGGAAAGGGUCUCCUUUGGGCUCAUCAAUGGAACGGCGUGGAGGUACCAUUCUGAGGAGGAGCUGGGUGGUUCAUCUCACUGGGGAAGACUAACCAGUUACAGUGGGGGAGGAUACUACAUAGACCUCAAGAUGACCAGAGAAGAGAGCGCUGAAGCCCUGCAAGUCUUGAAAGAGAAACUGUGGCUGGAUCGGGGAACACGAGUUGUCUUUAUUGAUUUCUCUGUGUAUAAUGCAAAUAUCAAUCUGUUCUGUGUUCUGAGGUUAGUGGUUGAGUUUCCAGCCACUGGUGGUGCCAUUCCCUCCUGGCAAAUCCGGACAGUGAAGCUCAUACGAUAUGUCAGCGCGUGGGACUUCUUCAUUGUUGCCUGUGAAAUUGUAUUCUGUGUCUUCAUCUUCUACUAUGUGGUGGAAGAGGCUUUGGAGCUCCGUAUCCACAAGCUUCAGUACUUCACCAGCAUCUGGAACAUUCUGGAUGUGGUUGUCAUUCUGCUCUCCAUUGUUGCCAUUGGGUUUCACAUCUUUCGCACCACUGAGGUGAACAGGCUGCUGGGAGAGUUGCUGAAACACCCCGACACCUAUGCAGACUUUGAAUUCCUGGCCUUCUGGCAGACACAGUACAACAAUAUGAAUGCAGUCAACUUAUUUUUUGCCUGGAUCAAGAUAUUCAAGUACAUUAGCUUUAACAAAACAAUGACCCAGCUCUCCUCCACGCUGGCACGUUGUGCCAAGGACAUCCUGGGCUUUGCCAUUAUGUUCUUCAUUGUCUUCUUUGCCUAUGCCCAGCUGGGUUACCUUCUAUUUGGGACACAAGUGGAAAACUUCAGUACCUUUGUUAAAUGCAUUUUCACCCAGUUUCGGAUCAUUCUUGGUGAUUUUGACUACAAUUCCAUUGACAAUGCCAACAGGGUCCUUGGGCCUAUUUACUUUGUCACCUAUGUGUUCUUUGUUUUCUUUGUACUUCUGAACAUGUUUCUGGCCAUCAUCAAUGACACCUACUCAGAAGUCAAGGAGGAGCUUUCGAGCCAGAAGGAUGAGCUGCAGCUCUCUGACAUCUUGAAGCAGAGCUACAACCGGACACUCACGAGGCUGAAGCUGAAGAAGGAGCGGAUCUCUGAUGUGCAGAAAGCCCUGCAGAAUGGAACAAAACAACUAGACUUCGAAGACUUCAAGAACAGCUUGAAGGAACUGGGCCAUGCAGACCAUGAGAUCACAGCAGCUUUCUCCAGAUUUGACAAAGAUGGCAACCAUAUCCUUGAUGAAGAGGAGCAACAGCAGAUGAAACAUGACCUAGAGGCGAAAAGGGUUGCUCUGAAUACAGAAAUUGAAAAUUUGGGGAAAUCCUAUGGUGACAACAACAUGGAUGAGAAUCUAACCUACAUGGAAGCAAGGAAUAACCACACCAAUAAGGCCACCUGGGUCUCCAAAGAAGAGUUCCAAGUCCUCCUGCAUCGUGUGCUGCAGCUGGAACAUUCCAUAAACAGCAUUGGCUCCAAGAUUGAUGCAGUGGUGAACAAGCUCAAUUUGCCAGAAAGAAAAGAGCUGAAGAGGAAGGAUCUGUUGGGCAAACACCUGGGUGAUGUUAGCAAGGAGGAAGAAGCCGGUCAGAAAGAGCUGCACCCCCAGAGCCUAGACCAGCUGGGGAAAGAAGAAGCAGAAAGUUGGACAGAACAUGUACAGAGAAACAACCUGAGUGGCAACUCUUCCCAAAAUGGGGUCUAUCAUAUCUUGCCUAAGUCGAGUGUGCUGGGGUCUCAGGUGCCCAAGAACCUCUAGCCAGUCUGAUGUGCAUUUCUAUAGCAGUGCUCAACAGCCCAGUGCUCCCAGUCUGGCUGCCAUAGUACCAAGUCACUGUCAGUUGUUCCCUCACUGUUAGGACAAUCCAGACAGCUGGACACAGACAGCACUGUUGUCAGGAGCCCUUAAUGUGAAAAAUCAGGGAUGCUCUUCUCCAGUGUAAUGAUGUAUCAUGUCACAGAGCUAGAACUUCUGUCCCACUUCACCUUCUCCCCUGUACCCAUAUCUCAGGCAGAGGUAAAAUUUGGCACUAGGUGAUGUAUUAGAUUUCUGCCUCUGAACAGGCUGGCACAGCAUCAUGUAUCUAGCCUUCCCCAAAAAGUAGGGACCCCUGAACUCUGAACAUUUGUGUAUAUAUACUAGUAUAUAUAUAUAUAUAAUAACUAGUUACUAGUAUAUAUAUAUACUAGUAACUAUAAUUACUAGUAGCUAUAAUUACUAAUCUAGAAUAAUUACUAGUGUAAAAUGGGAAGAAGAAAUCUAGUUGUUUCUGCCUGGUUACAGCCAGUUUUGUUCUGUUGUAGUUUGUCUCCAGAUUACCUUGGUAACCCUCUCUGUACCUUAGAUUCAGGUGUUUAGGAAAGAGGUUACUAGUGCUUAACUCUGGAUAACUACAAUAAGAGUUGGCACCAGUGUAAUUGGGAGAAAGUCUGAAAUAUUCUAAAAUGAGAAGCAGUUGGUAAAGUCCUAGGUCUGAGUGUUAGGGAACAAACUUCUGGUUAUAUGAUUUCUAACAUAGCUGUUGACACUAAGAAACCUUUGUCAUUCAUUUUCACACUUCUUAAAUUGCAUCUCAAGAUUCUUGCACCUUGCAAACUAGCACCCCAUUUAUGAAGUUUGAUGCUUCUUGUUUUUGUCAAGGAAACAAAUUUGCAGUUAUGGGUGCUGACACCAUCUACGUUGAAGAAUAUUGUGAAAAUGAGAUGUGUCAGUUUUUUUGACCACAUGCAAGAUAACUUCUUUUCUAAGCAUUUUUCUGUUUGCUGAGGCUUGUCUUUCCUUGCAAUUGGUGCAGACUAUUGCUGCUAUUACAGGGACAUUGUAAAUAUAUUUCAAAUACCUUAAUCACUGAUAUUCUGCAAUAGUUAACCUAGUUAACCUCAAAUAGGCUCUGUAGGCUUAAAGCCAAUAGAAAUGUGAGCUGUACCAGACCACUGCUAACAGCUCUCAUUAGUGCUACACUGUUUAGUGUGCUGUGCAGUGAUAGGUUUAGUGGGGGACUUGUGCAGGGGCAUCUUGUAUUGCUGCCUUUUUUAAGAUGAAUGUGUCACUGCAUUCUGGGGAAAGCCUCUUUGGCAAUGUCUGAAGGACCUCAGGAUGAGCCCUGUCCUCAGAUGGCCCAGGUGUCAGGGCUGCCACAGCCACAAGAUAGUCUUGAUAAAUUGAAGCAGUGUCAUUCAACUACAAGGGCCCAGCAGGAACUGGGAGAAGCAGCUUGUCCAGCUCACAGGGAGCUUGGAUUUCAGACAGGAGCUGUGGAGGCAGGAACUACAGGAUCUCAUGACUCACUUCCCAUCAUCAGCUGGUCCUGCUGUUGGGGACAAGACUUACCUGUGAGAUAUUGCCAUGGUGCUUGACCCUCAGUUCCACUGAAUUCAGAAUUGAGCAAGAUGUCUUACCUUCAGCUUUUCUGGCUGAAAAAAGAACAAUGGUGUUCCUUACUUCCUCCUCCUCUCUGCAUUGAAGCUGUUAUCUUAAUCAGAAGAAAACAGCCUGUCAGGAGAACUUCCUGAAAUAGGCUAUUUUCCCCCUCCAAAUUCUAAUUAAACAGAAAAUUCAUAUGCUAAAUUGUAAUUGAACAGAGGAACAUUUCUACUCUAUAAUAGGCUUAAAUAGUGCACACAGCCCUUUGUAGUCAAUUCAUCAGGUCUUCUGUACGUUGAAAGGCAUAGAAGAAGUUUCUUACAAAUUAAUUUGUAAGAUCUUGUUUUAGAUCCUGGCUCAAGAGCAGACUAUGAGUACCAAGGCAUAAUUGCAAAGUAAGAAAAAAAUUGCUGUUUGAGUUCUCUGAGGGUCUGCCUUAUCCAUGAACUUAAAUUACUGGAUGAGAUUCUGAGUCUGUAUUACUGCACAGAUAUUAAAUGCUUGGGAUGCUGAUCUUUUAGGAACUAAGUCUGGUACUUUAGGAGAAAUCCAAGCAGCAGUUGUCUGCUUCAGGUGGUUGAACCUGUGCUAGUAGCCAGUGUAAGAUAUGUUGCUGGCUGAGGCUGAGCUCCUUAACCUAGAAAUAACUACUGUGAGGAUAAGAUGACCCUGAACUCAGGUUUUGCCAAGAAAAUGAAGGUAAAACCUAAUAUCUGUAAGGCUUGGCUUUACAAGGCCUCAGAUUUCUCACAAGGGAUAGUGUUGUUUAGCUGCUCUGUUCAACAGAGAAGGUGACUCAGAACCUCCCUUUCUGCAUUGCCCAGUGUUUAUUUUCUGUUCCCCUUCUGAGCUGUGCCAAACCCCAAGAGCAGCCCCACAGAUAACCUCCCACUGAGGCAGGGAUGCUGCAGCCACAGCAGCACAGCCUAAGAGCCAUGCCUGUCACUACACACCAGAAGAUAACCACACCCCUGCUCCUUUCUGCACAGGGACUCCCAUAACUAUCAGUAAAGGCAGGUGAAGUGCAGAGGUGUGAGAGCUGAACUCAGAUCCAUGGGACAGUGACCAACAGCACCGGCAACCAGCUCCCAGGCACUGAGUCAGCUCUUUAUGGCAGCAGGAGGAACAAAAAUGGUAAUGUUCACGUGCAGUGUUUGUUCAUGUCUGAAACUUGGGAAGGCAGUUUUCCUCUGCAACUGGAGAGCAUAGGAGUCUCCAGAGGACCACUGCAGCUGGGAGAGAUGCCUGCGUCUCAUUCUACCUGUCUCUGGUAAAUGUGGGAGACUAUAGCUCAGCUUGCCAGGGCUCUCCCUUUCUCUGGCAAGAACAGCCUGGCAGCUUCCUCUCCACUGGACUUGGGGGACAGCAGUCAGUCUGCAAUGUUGAGGAGCCCUAAACCAGCUCUGGCUGUGAUCAGACAAGAACUGCAGGCUAUAGUGGUCUCCCAGGUCAGCUCUAAUCCCCUUCCUGGCAGAAAGACCAGUUGCCCCUGUACUGUGAUUUUAGUAGUGCUAGUGCUUCUCAGUGUAAAACAACUUCUGUUACUGGCAUGUGCCCAUGCCUGCAUUAUUCUUGUAUUUCUUGUACAUCUUCAUGCCACUGUGCCUUGUCUGUUCUUCGUUUAUGCUGUCAUGUGUAUGAUGUGUCCUAGAGCAGGCAUGGAAAUUACUUGUUCCCAGUAUUUGCUUUUGUGCAGGUGUCAAUUGUGUUUUCAAGCUGGUUGAGAAAUAACAUCAAUAUGCCAAAUGGUAAAUUCAUACAGCUUUUCUUUUCAAAUACGUGUUGUCAGGCCUCCCAUCAGGAGCUAAUAUUACUUAGAUAAUACGUAUCUGAUGG